AUGGCGACGUGGAUAGCAUUACAGCCUCCGAAUUCAUUUUAUUUACGGCUCACGCCAUCAUCAUCGCCGUCGCCGGUGUCAUUCCCGUCGCAUCGACGUCGCCGUUGUCUCUUCAAGCCAUUUCGAUGCGUUCCACUUCAGGAACAAGAGCGCCAGCUCGAGCAGUCGCAGUCGCAGGGAGACGACGAGGCAGUGAUUUUGUGUGAGGACUGUAAUGGGAAAGGAUGGUUGCUCUGCGAUUUCUGUAAAGGACAGAAAACAAAUGUGAAAUCUGAGAACAAGAGAAUCUAUCGUCGAUGCCCAUCUUGUAGAGCUGUUGGAUAUGUGUUGUGUAAAAAGUGUAAAGUGUUCAAGUGUGUCACAUUUCCUAAUCCAGAAGACGGCGAUGAACUUUUGUUCUAA